AUGCCUUCUUAUUCUGUGCAAUCGCAGUCGCGAGACUCCCUGGAGCUGGCAUCGCUGGUCAGCUCGAGUAUGCUCAACGAGGGCGCCGCAUCAGAAGUAUCAUCUCGGCCGAGCAUCUCAUCAUCACGACGACUGUCACUAGUAGAGGAAGAGGACCCCCUGGACGGCGGCAACCCUGCCGCCGGUGGGCUAGGACGGUCGCACUCUGGCUCGUCAACCUUCGACUUUGCCGCGACUCUGUUUCCUCUGAGCUCAACCACGGGAGAUGGAGGAUAUGCGCCCAUCGGAGCGUCAACCUCGGGGGCACGACCAGGCGGCGGUGCGCUGGGAGGCGGAUCGUUGGAGAAACGCAAGACCUUGACCUACCUGAACGGCCUGUCGUUGGUCAUCGGCCUCAUGAUCGGCUCAGGCAUAUUUUCCUCGCCUAGUCAGAUCAGCGCCAAGGUUGGGUCUCCGGGCGCGGCCUUGGUCGUGUGGGUAGUGGCCGGAGCCUUGGCCUGGACGGGAGCGGCGUCAUAUGCCGAGCUGGGAGGUGCCAUACCGCUCAACGGAGGUGCGCAAGUCUACCUUGCCAAGAUUUUCGUGGAGCUUGCGGGAUUCCUGUUUACCUGGACGGCCGUUCUGGUGCUCAAGCCGGGAAGCUCUGCCAUCAUUGCCAUCAUCAUGGGCGAAUACUUUGUGCGCGCCAUCAUCGGAGCCCAGGCCGAGCACGUCAACCCGUGGGUCAACAAGUCGGUGGCUUUGGUGGGCAUAUUCGCCGUGACGUUGUUCAGCUGCAUCUCCACGCGCAUGGCCACGCGCAUCAACGACCUUCUCAUGUUUUUCAAGUUUGCCGCUCUGCUCUUCGUCACCGUGGUUGGCAUCGUUGUCGCCGCUACGGGGCAUACUUUCAAGGGCGAAAAGGACGUGGCCUGGAGGGCCAAGGAUUGGUUCAGCGACACCUCGUUGGACCUCUCGAGCUGGGCAGUAGCUCUAUACGGCGGCCUCUGGGCAUACGAUGGGUGGGAAAACACAAACUAUGUCGUGGGGGAGUUUCGCAGCCCCGGCAGGGACCUCCCACGAGUCAUCCACACCGCCUUGCCGCUCGUGAUAACGAGCUACGUGCUGGCGAAUGUGGCCUACUUCCUGGUUCUGCCGGUGGAAGAGGUGAAUGGCUCCAACACGGUGGCCGUCAUGUUUGGCUCCAAGGUGUUUGGCCCGGUCGGAUCAGUCACGAUUGCUCUCAUGGUCAGCGCAAGCUGCCUCGGGUCUCUCACGUCAUCCACCUUCACGACCGGCCGGCUGGUCUAUGCCGCCGGCAAAGAGGGCUACCUCCCAGAGGUAUUCGGCAGAAUCGGCGUCGGCAACGGCGACUCGAGCUUGUCAACGCAACGCACGCGCGGCUGGCUGUCCCGGACGGCGCACCGCCUCCUGGGGGACGGGGAAAUGGGUCUGUUCUUCACGCCCAUCUACGCCUUGGUCCUGAACGGCGUCAUUACCGCAGCGUACUGCGUCGUCGGCGAGUUUGGCACGCUCGUCACCUUUUACGGCGUCGCGGGAUACACGUUUUACUUUUGCGCGGUCCUGGGGCUCAUCGUCCUGCGCGUCAGGGAACCCGGGCUCGAGCGGCCGUACAAGACGUGGAUUACGACGCCCAUCAUCUUUUGCUGCGUCAGCCUGUUUCUGCUGAGCAGGGCCGUCUUUGCGCGGCCGGUCCAGACCCUCGCCGUGGUUGGCUUUGUCAUUGCCGGCAUCCCCGUCUACUUUUGGCGCAUCCGCCAAAGGGACGGGCUGCGGAGGAGUGUCGGCGACGACGGCCAGCGCAGGCCGUGGUGGCGGUUCUGGCGAAGAUGA